GAAUUCUUGAUCGGAGUGCUACUCUUUGCUUUAACGACUUUCAUCGCCCUUGUUGGGUUGCUGCUGAUAAGGACUGACAUGCGUCGCUCAUCUACUGUAAGCACAACAGAGGAUCACGUGCUCAAAGGGCACACCAUCCACAAACAACAGACUUAUGACUUCCUGUCAUUCGCACAGCUAUGUUUGGCAUACCAAAGCUGCACGUCGUUAAAUUACCAAAGCAUCGAAAAUGGAGUUUGCGAGUUGAACAGAGAAGUUUCACCUGCAAGCAUUGCAGUGGCACUCACCUCUAAAAGGGGGUAUACUUUUGGACACUUUGUUGACAUAAGU